AUGAAGAGGCUGUCGGUUUUGUGCUCUUUGCUCCUCGUGGCUGCGGCUCUUGGCACUGAGCUGCCAUUGGCUACACCAUGUGACGAAGAGGCUUGUAAGCUCCCGGACUGCAGAUGCUCGUCCACUAAUAUUCCUGGAGGAUUACGAGCCAGAGACACUCCACAGUUUGUAACCGUAACGUUCGAUGACGGUAUCAAUGUCAUUAACAUUGAGACAUACCGUGAGGUCCUUUACGGCCGCAUCAACUCGAACCGCUGCCCAGCCGGAGCUACCUUCUACGUCAGCCACGAGUACACAAACUAUCAGCUGGUCAAUGAACUCUACAAUAGAGGCUUCGAGAUUGCUCUACAUUCGAUCAGUCACAGAACCCCCCAGACGUUCUGGGCUGAUGCCACGUAUCAAAAUUUGGUCCAGGAAAUUGGAGAUCAGAAAAGACAAAUGGCGCAUUUUGCUAGCAUCCCCGCUAGUGCUAUUAAAGGUGUGCGUAUCCCCUUCCUUCAGAUGACUGGUAACACAAGUUUCCAGGUUAUGGCAGAUUUUGAUUUACUAUAUGACUGCACAUGGCCCACAACUGCCUUAACCAAUCCAGGUCUAUGGCCUUACACUCUUCACCACGAAUCUAUUCAGGACUGCAUUAUUCCUCCAUGCCCAACUGCGUCGAUUCCUGGACCGUGGGUGCUCCCUAUGAUCAGCUGGAGAGAUCUCAACAAUUUCCCUUGCUCCAUGGUGGAUGGUUGCUUCUUCACGCCAGACCGUACCGACGAGGAAGGAUGGUUCAAGUUUAUCCUGACCAACUUCGAGAGGCACUACCUCGGGAACAGAGCCCCGUUCGGAUUCUUCGUCCACGAAUGGUUUAUUUCGUCAAACCCCGCCAUCAAACGCGCUUUUGUCAGAUUCAUGGACAUCAUUAACAACUUAAAUGAUGUCUUCAUGGUGAACUCAGCCGAGGUCAUCGAUUGGGUGAAGAACCCUGUCCCGAUCGAUCGAUACCGUCAGCAGCAGUGCAAAUUUACUAUGCCAUCAAUUUGUAGACCAUCGUUCUGCGGGCCACUAACGGGAACUCAUAAUCAGCUGUCUUACUACAUGACGAUUUGCAACACGUGUCCCAGGAAUUACCCCUGGGUAGGAAAUCCCCUUGGACAGUAAUAAGCUUAAUUCACUUAAGGAA